CAACGACUUCUACAAAUUCAGGGUAUAAUUAGUGUAAUGAUAGCCAAUAUAACAAUAGACAAUGAUUUGCAAACCAAAAAAGAUGGUAUUCGUCUAGAAAAAAUCAAUCUAACAAGUGAUGAAUGGGAUGCUAUCUCAUUAUUAACUGCAAUUUUAAAGCCUUUUGCUGAAGCAACCGAACUAUUGGGAGGUAGCAAAUAUGCUACAAUCAGUUUUAUGUAUAGUGCGAUUACUGUAAUUGAACAAGGGUUUCUUUUAUUUUCUAAAACCUCAAAUAUGAAUUUUUAUUCUGCUAAUGAUGUUUUUGAGGAUGAUGUUAUUUAUGAUGACGAUAAUAGAGUACAAGAAGAUCACACAUCAAAUAGAAAGCAACGUCGAAUUAAUAUUAAUAACCUACAAAAUUGUACAAAUCUUGAAGAAAAAAUAAAGUCUGCAUUAUAUGAUGCUAUGGUACAUUAUUGGAAUGUACCUAGUAAUGAAGCUAUGUUAGCAACACUUUUGGAUCCUCGGUGCAAGCCUCUUUCUUUUAUGUCAGAAUCUCUAAAAAAUAAAACUAUUGAAUUGCUUAAAACUAAAUAUGAAGAAUCACGGGUUAUAUAUAGAAUAAAAAAAAAUGAUAAUUUACAAAGCCAAUCUAAUUCUUUAAUAACUUCAAUGUUUAAUAAUAGAUACCCACGGCUAGAAGUCUUAGAUUAUCUUGGAGCUCAAGAAAUUCUAUGGGAUCAAUGUCCAUUAACCUGGUGGCGUACUAAUCAAAAAUGGUUUCCUGUGUUAAGUAAAUUAGCUCGAAAAUAUUUGGCUAUCCCAGCAACUUCAACUGCAAGCGAAAGACUUUUUAGUGAUGCUAGAAAUACAAUAACAGAAAAAAGAAUAUCACUCCUACCUACUACUUUUGAGCAUCUAGUGUUUCUAAGAAAUAAUUGGCAGAUUACUGGUGAUAUGUUUCCAA